UUUUAAUUUUUCUCUUAUAUUAUCCUAGAAUUUUUUAAAUGGAAGAAAACUGUCGAAUGUGAAAACCAUUGGUCAUAUGUGUGUCAUAGAGGAAUGAGCAGAAAUAAAAAUGGUACCAAGAAAAAAGAAUAUUUUUGUCAUCGAGAUGGGUUCUAUAAUGACUAUAAGAAUCGUAAGAAGCAGCUCAAGAGUCAGGGUUCUAACAAAAUAAAUGGAUCCUGUCUUUCAAUUAUGAAAUAUAAAAAAGAAAAUGGAGUAGUCUUGAUACAGUUUAUAAAGUCACACACUGGACAUGAUGCAAAUAUUGGCAGAUUAAACCUUAAAAAGGAUGAACGUGCUGAAAUAGCUGGGAAACUCAAAUCUGGUGUUCCACUUGAUGUCAUACUUGAUGAAAUUCGUGAUCAUGCAUCAGAUAUUCAUGCUGCACUUACUACAACAACGAAACAAGAUCUACGUAAUAUUAUAAGAGAUUUUAAUUUGGAUCCUACUCGCCCACUCGUUACAGAAUCUUAA